AUGCGCCCCGCAAGCUCCCACCUUUCGGUGGCGCUACUUCUACUCCUCGCAGAUGGCGUAGUUGCCGCUGGUGACACCACUGAGUUUGCGUUCAACCUUUUCUCGGAUCUUGCUCCGAUUUUAGCGCUAUUUGGUGAACAAUUCGCUCGACAAUUUGCCAGCGAGAGCUUCACAUGGCUCGACCACAUCAUCUUCGCCUGUGUCCCGCUGGGUAUAAUCACGGCCCUCACGGGUGCCAUCCGCGUCCAGGGACCUAAGUUUGCGAAGUCUUUCAUCGGCUGCGCUAGAGAAAAUCGCGCGACUCCCGAAAUAGAACUCAUGUCGUCUACUUCCCGGGAGGUCUGCGAGAUGUUUAACGGCAAUGGAAUUAUCCGAACAAUGGGCCAACCGAAAAUUGCUCAAAUCAUCAUCUUUCCCGACCGUUACAACCAUUUCAAGCAGAACCCAAACGAUCCCGACCAGACUUGCGGUAUACAUACCCUCCAGGAAGCAAUGUCCUGGUUUAAAAGGAAAUCGACGGAUGAGAAGGGAUCCGAUUUGGAGAAAGGCUCGAAUCCAGGUUCAUGCUCAGGCUCGGGCGAUCGUAAAAGCUCGACCUCAUCAACAUGUAACAAGGCAUCAGAAAACGAAGAAGCUGAAUCUCCGAAUCCAAGGAAAAUUGGGUUACCUUACUCGUCCUUCAACUUCCUGGGGCCGCCCAAUCUACAACUAAAUGUCGCCUCCGGGGUAUCUUCCCCAGAACAGGAAGAGAUAGAACUCUUUACUGCCGCCACUUUCGCUCUCGCUCUGCAGCUCGCGUUACUUGUCAUAGCUGUCGUGACAGUCUACCACGAGCCAACGAAAACAUCAAUUAGAUACAAGCCGCCACGGUAUGGACUGCCGUGUUACAUUAUCGGAUCAGUUUUACUCUUUACCGGAAUGGCGCUCUGUUCUUAUGUUAUUGAGAGCAGUACGAGUGAGGUUAUGUGGAAGCGUCAAAGCAAAGGAAACCAAUCGGCCGACUCCCAGCACGCUGGAGCCUUCGCACGUAUAUUUUCGUGGACAAUGGGUAGAAAGCCCACCACAACAAGAGUUGGAAGCAGAUCUCCUCAUCUGAUUUGGAUCCAACAAUCCCAGCGGGUUAGUGAUCAGUUCUUCGGCUCUUAUGUGAUCCUUGGAGGACCAAAGCGCUGCGUCAUAACAUCAAGUCGACAAGAAGACGUGCGAGACUGCGAGAAGUCGAAGACAGGGAAAGAAUCACUGGCGCCUGGCGUAGCCCCUGAUUCUUGGAGUGCUAAGCAACGAAUCGACUCCAUGACGCAGUCGGAGUCAGACAUGCCGGAGCCUGUCUCGGCUGAGGAUGAUGAAAAGGUGAGUUUCCCACGGAGACAUUCCAUCACGUCGAGCUGUGCCUCGCUAGGAUAG